GAUCGAGUUUGCCUUCUCCGCGUCUCUGUUUCGUGCGCAAAAUAUUGGAGUGAGUAUGAGUGUGCCUUGCUCGGACCAGGAUUUUAGGCCGAUGAAGGGGAAGAAUGCAAGCUUGCCACCGGGGGUGAGAGCAGAGAGGUGUUGGUGCGGCCGCCUUGCGAAGGUGAAGGAGGUGGUUGAUUUUUCAGAUAAGUUCGGCAUGAAAUAUUUCAUGUGCGCGAGCUAUGAUCAUGAUCCACCCAGACAAACAAGUUCAUCGUCCUCGAGGCCUGCGUCUCCCCCGCCCCUUUGCAUGUGGUUUCACUGGAUAGACCAGGAGCAGACGGAGUGGGCACGCCGCGAGGUGGAGGACAAACAACGGCGUGCAUGGGCAAGGUUCCAUGAGGAGGAGCGUUUCGAAAAGGCUAUUGCUAAUGAUAAAGCAGAAAGAGAGAGACAGAUACAAAAAUUAAGGGCGGAGCAAGCUCGAAAUCGUGAGGUGAAUCAGAAGAGGAUGGAUGAUGAGGCUGCACGUAGGUAUGCAGAGGAAGAGGUGCGCAGGGAGGCCCGUGAAGCGGAAAGGAAGAGAUUAAGAGAAAGGGCUGCUGAGGCGCAGGCAGCAGAAGAACGCGGCGACAAGACUGGAAAAUGGCCACGCUGGACGCAGGGCAAAUAGAGUGAUCUGUUGUAGUAUUUUAAAUUCUGUUUUACUUUCGCGUUGUAUCUUAAAUUACGUUGUAGUGAUUAGCCGUAUUUUAAUUUUAGUUAUAUUUCCAUCUUUAUUUCGGCAGAUGUAUUAAUAAUAAAUGUUGAUU